AUGGCCGAAGUACAUCAAACGCUAGAGAAAGACGAAAGGGUGCAACGCUUCCUCGCGGACAAGGAAGUUUCGUGGCAUUUCAUACCGGCUCUUUCCCCUAAUUUCGGUGGACUGUGGGAAGCCGCAGUCAAAUCUUUUAAACACCACGUAAAACGGGUGGUCGGGGACGAACUAUUCACAUUCGAACAGUUCAACACAUUCGCGAUCGAAGUCGAGGCAAUUUUAAACUCCCGUCCAUUAACUCCUCUGUCAUCUGAUCCCAACGAUCCCUCCGCGUUAACUCCCGCUCAUUUCUUGAUUGGCACUUCUUUAACGAGCAUACCCGAGACCGAUUUCAGCAAUAUUCCCAGCAAUCGGUUGUCAAAUUGGCAACACAUUCAGAAGGUCAAGCAGGACUUCUGGACCAGAUGGCACAAGGAGUAUAUCCACCAGCUGAACGUGCGAACAAGGUGGAUCAAGGGUUCGCACGAGAUCAAGGAAGGAUCCCUGAUCAUCUUAAAGGAUGAUCAUCUUCCACCGCUACAAUGGCAUCUCGGACGAGUCGAGAAGGUGCAUCCAGGAGCUGAUAACAUCAUCCGAGCAGUCACCGUCCGGACCAACCAGGGCACCUACCGACGCAACGUGAAGCAGCUGGCGCUGCUCCCAAUUACAAACGAGGAACCUCCCCAACGAUAA